GUGUUUGUGCGUUUAAUAUAUUCAUCGGGUGGGCCGACGGUUACUAUCACCUCACUGCGUAUCAAAUCAAUUUACUGCCUUCUCGGAUUAGGGACAGAUAGACAAGUAUAUAUUACAAUACUUAGGUAAAUUUAAUCAAAUAGUAUCUCGUUAGAUAUGGGUAGAUCGCGACUUAUUUUUGAUUUUACUGCCACGUGAAUCACCAGAGUUGUUUGCAAAUGUCGGUCAUGUGACGUGUGGUUGGGUGUGUUGUAUUAACAAACGCAACAUUGACAGAAAUGGCUACCACGGAAGUGGAGCGUAGACGUGGCCAGCUUGCUGCUCUGUCCAUAGCAGCGGUGGUCAUCAUCGUGGGAGUCCCUCUGUGGUGGCGAACAACUGAAACAUACCGCGCCUGGUUGCCUGUCAGUCAGAUAAAAGAGUUGGCUAAUCUACAGCUGCAGUUGAGUGCUGAUGUGGAGGUUGUGUUUGCACGUGGAACUGUGACCCCAGAACAGCAGAAGAAGGUCCCAUUGACACAGACACAGGAUGAGGAACACACAGUAGAUGAGGACACAGCUUUGAGGUACAGUUAUGAGACAAGGUACCGCACAGCUACAGUCAUGGAGGAGGAUGCCCUGAACCAGCCCACUGCAGCAGAGGCAGAUCUGUCUCUGCACACGCUCAGUGAAAGUCCGUGUGGUUCUUUGGUUGUGUAUGUGAUCCCAGAAUCAUCGUCACUGCUGCCUGAGGAUGUGGACGUGUAUAUCGGGCAGCGACGGACAGCCCUGCUCCGUAUUGGCACCAAUAUGAGAGUGGGCAGGACACUAGAGCAAUUGCUGGCUCACCUGGAGCCUCGGAUGAAGCAGGUGCUGCAGGUGAUGUCUUUUAGCCACACCGACAUCACUGCUGCCCUCAGUGACAGAGUCCGUCUCAGCCCUGGCAACAAAGAGAGCAUCGCUGACAGUAUGAGAACCUUUAAAUCCAGCCCAGGUUAUGAGAUAACAUUCAGUCUGUUGAACCCAGACCCAAAGUCACACCGGCUACACUGGGACAUAGAGGGUGCUGUGCAGACCUACAUCCAACCUUUGCUUACAAAACUGGCCCCUUUAGCCAACUUUAGCAUUGACUCUCAGACAUUGUACUACGCCAUGCUCGGUGUCAACCCGCGCUUUGACAGCAGCCGCAGCGCUUACACACUCAACUCUGACAGCCUUGCACAUGUCAUCAACCCUGUGGAGGCUAGACUGGGCUCAAAUGCUGCAUCUUCCAACCCGGUGUUGAAUUUUCUUCUGUACGUCCCGGAUGCCCACCAUUCACCCCUUUACAUUAAUGACCGCAAGAAACAGGAAGUGCUUUCUAAUGCAUUUCACUCUCCACGGUGGGGUGGAAUUAUGGUCUAUAAUGUUAAUGGUUUCUAUGAGCCAGAGGCUGUGUUUCCUGUUGACAUCAACAUCAACAUGGCCAAAGUCAUGGGAGUCUUCCUUGCACAGCUUCGACUGUUGCUGGGUGUGCAGUCAUCGACCCCUCCCCCUGGCUUCCUGGUGGCACCAUGCGGUAGUACAGGACUAGCUGAUUGGGAGCUAGACCGUCUCAUGUGGAGUCGGAGUGUGGAAAAUGUCGCAACGGCAACCACCACCAUCACCUCACUGGCACAGCUGCUGGACCAGAUAGGCAACAUUGUUAUCAAUGACAACAUUGCUGAACAGGUGUCCAGUGCCGUCACGUCUCUGCAGCUGGCUGUGGCGGAGUUGGAGGCCGGGAACCUCGGCUUUGCUCUGCAGUACAGUAAAGAGGCCAUCUUGGCAUCAGAAAGGGCAUUCUUUGACCCUUCACUCCUCCACCUCCUCUACUUUCCUGAUGACCAGAAGUUUGCUAUCUACAUACCACUCUUUCUGCCCAUGUGUGUGCCUAUUCUGCUGUCACUGCUCAAAAUAGUGUCUGAGGCUAGACAGAAACGCAGAGAAAAGCAAGCCAAGAAGGACUGAGAAACACUUGAAGAGAAGAUGUGAUGAACAUGUAGUCUGAACAAAAAACACGGUAUAAACAAACUGUUGUGUCAGUGGCCUUGACAUUUAGGUACAAAGAUAGGCAUGAAGAAAGACUCAUUUGCAGUAUCGGGGGGUGGGGUUUAAAAAUGAUUUUUAUUGUUUCAUGUAAGGAAAUGUGUUUAUUGUAAGAGUGUAACGAAUGGCAGCUGUGGCUGUCUGACACUAUACUGGAAAGCUUAAAUUGUUGUAAAUGUGUACAAGUUUUAUAUUUGAAUUCCACUUUCUAUUCUAAGUUAUUAACAAACAAAAACAAAGACUUAAGUUGUAACUCAUGUUUUUUUCUCUUUGGUUAGCAAGAAAAUAAGUAAAUAAAAUACCUGAUUUUAUAUCAUUAGGUUUAUUUGGCAGGCACUCCUGAAGCAACUUACACCAAUUUUGUCCAAGUGUGAACGUUUGUUCUUGACCUUGCAAAUUGUAAAUUGACAAAAUGACAUUAACACAUGGUCCACUUAA